UUCGGGUACAGUAUAUUAACAGCAAUCCCUGCAGACAAAACGAUGGGACAAAAGGGGUCUUUUGCUUCCCGUCAAUGACUUUUCAUAGUCUUUUAUUUUUUGUAACUACUGGACGAGAGCCAUCUUUUGUUAUUUUUAUUAAGUGUGAGAAAUCGCCGAGCCGUCAUGAAUCCACCGUGUGGGAGAUGCAACAAACCAGUUUAUCCAACAGAAAAAAUAAACUGCCUUGAUAAGUAUUGGCACAAAGGUUGUUUCAGCUGCGAGGUUUGCAAGAUGGCCCUGAGUAUGAACAACUAUAAAGGCUUUGAGAAGAAACCCUACUGCAGUAUGCAUUACCCCAAGACCUCCUUCACCAUUGUGACCGACACCCCUGAGAACCUACGUCUGAAACAACAGAGCCAGCUCAAUAGCCAGGCCCUUUACAAGGAGGAGUUUGAGAAGAACAAGGGGAAAGGUUUCAGCGUGGUGGUCGACACACCGGAGAUGCAGAGGCUGAAGAAGACGCAGGACCAGAUCAGCAACAUAAAGUACCAUGAAGAUUUUGAGAAAAGUAAGAUACGAAGUGAUGCCCCUCCUCCUGAAAACAGACAAGAGCAAGAUAUGCAAGCAUCAAACCCUGAAAGAUUCAGCCAGCUGGCCGGACAGAUGCGCCCUGGUGCUGCAUCUCCACCUAGUGGAGGGAAGAGCUACCAGGCCUUGUACAGCUACACGGCAGCAGAGGCAGACGAAGUUUCCCUGCAGGAGGGCGAUCUGAUCUUAGAUGUCGAGCCCAUAGAUGAGGGCUGGAUGUUCGGAUGCAACCAGCGCACUGGGAAGAAGGGAAUGCUGCCAGCCAAUUAUGUCCGACCGGUUUGAGAAGUUACUGGAGCAUGCGUACAUCAUUUUGUUUUUUUCCAGACAACGUGACUAUUGUAACAGUUUGGACUUUUGGCUCUUAUAGGAGAAUAAUAAAAAAUGAUGAAUACAAUUUUUAAAUGCAACUGCAAGUCCAUUUGUCUUCGGUUUGAAGCAGCUUUCACUUCAUGAUGUAUUAUGCGCUGAAAAUAUAAAAUGCAUGUCCUGUUUUUUUUUUGUUUUUUUUAUGCAUUUUGUGAAGCAUUUGGGAUUGAUUAAACUGCAGCUUUGCUCAUCUGCCAUUCUGUGCCCAUUAAAGUAGGAAAAGAAAGUAGGAAAUAUAAUGAGCUUUAUUAACAAAUGUAACAUCACUAAACAGUAAAAGGUAACCACAACAGAUUAAAACUUUUUUUUUUUACAAAUCAUGUUAAAGUUAAAACAAAAAAAAA